AUGUUCACCAAUACCCUCGUCCUUGUCAUUUUUGGUACCGCCUUGACUUUGGCUAGCCAAGUCGAUGUCAAUAUUGAUGAUAAUGAGGCGGAUUUACGCGGAUUCAAAGAAGAACUGAGCAUUUUGUGUCAUCAAAUCGAGGGCUCUAUCAAAGAUUAUUUGGAUUAUUGGAGGAACGUCACCGAACAGCAUGAUAGUAACAACAAACAAGAAACAGGUAAAGCGAUUAAAAUCAGUAAGGAACGGCUUAUGGAUCUGAAUGGAAGCUAUGAAAAUAUGCGCAAGAUAAUUGAACAGUCCAUCGAGAACGAGAAGCAAAAAUGGAAUGAACACCUUACGAGGGAAGAGGGCGAAAAAUCACUUCGAUUUGACUUGUUUCUAGUCCCUGACAACAGAAACAUGUUCACCAAAGCUCUGAUCCUCGUUCUUCUCGGCACUACAUUGACUUUGGCCAGCCCAGUCAAGUACUCUUCUGAUAAUGAUGAGAUCAUUCCUCGCGGCUGGAAGGAUGUGAGCGACUGGUUACAAGGAGUGAAUCAGUCUUUCCAAGAUUUCAUUCAUGAGAAGUAUCAUGCAAUUAUUCAGAAAGCCAAGAAAACCAUCGAGAGCGAAAAGCAAAAAUGGGACCAUGCCCUCAAGGAAGCCAUCAAAAUCGGCAAAGACAAAUACGAAGAAGUGAAACAGAAAGCUAAACAAGCUAUAAAAAAAUUGAAAGACGAGUUGAAAGCUGCAUUAGAUCACUGGAAAAAGAAUGAAGCUCACAAAGAAAUUAAUACCGAGGAAGAAGAGGAAAUUUUCCAAGAGCAGGAGCCCGUAGUUUCUCAGGAGCAGGAACAGGAAGUGGUCCAGGAACAGGAGCAGGAAGUGGUCCAGGAACAGGAACAGGAAGUGGUCCAGGAACAGGAACAGGAAGUGGUCCAGGAACAGGAACAGGAAGUGGUUCAGGAACAGGAGCAGAAACAGCAAGUGAUCCAAGAGCAGGAAAUGAUCCAGGAGCAGGAACAGGAAGUUUCCGAGGUGCCCCAAGAACAAGUAGAAUCCCAAGAAUAA